CGGACCGGAAGAACUCCGUAGUCGCCGCACCAUGGCGGGUCCUGUCAGCCUGCGAGAGCUUCUAAUGGGCGCUUCAGCCUGGACAGGCCCUGAAAGUCCUGAGGGAUCCCCUACAGAGGGUGGUGGGAGCGCGGCUGGCGGACCGGACCCUCCUUGGCGUGAGGAUGAGAUCUGCGUGGUGGGAAUCUUCGGCAAGACGGCUCUGCGCCUGAAUUCCGAGAAGUUCUCACUUGUGAACACGGUCUGCGACCGGCAGGUCUUCCCCCUCUUUCGCCACCAAGAUCCUGGAGACUCGGGGCCUGGAAUCAAGACCGAAGCUGGCGCCGUCGGGGAGGCUGGUGGAGCCGGGGACCCUGGGGCCGGGGCCGGGGCCGGGGAUCCAGUUCGGGGAGCUGUAGCUGCUGCGGAAGGGAACCGAACUGAGCCGGGUUCCCAGGACUAUAGCCUCCUGCAAGCCUAUUACAACCAAGAGAGCAAAGUUCUGUAUCUUCUUCUCACGUCCAUCUGUGACAAUUCCCAGCUUCUGCGGGCUUGUCGGGCCCUUCAGAGCGGAGAAGCUGGAGGUGGCCUCUCUUUACCUCAUGCAGAAGCACACGAGUUCUGGAAGCACCAAGAGAAACUGCAGUGCCUCAGUCUCCUUUACCUUUUCUCUGUCUGCCACAUCUUGCUUCUGGUCCAUCCCACUUGUUCCUUUGACAUCACGUACGAUCGAGUAUUCAGAGCUCUGGAUGGACUGAGACAGAAAGUACUGCCCCUCCUCAAAACAGCCAUUAAGGAUUGUCCAGUUGGCAAAGAUUGGAAGCUAAACUGCCGACCUUGCCCGCCUAGACUCCUUUUCCUCUUUCAACUCAAUGGAGCCCUCAAGGUGGAACCCCCUCGGAGCCAAGACCCAGCUCAUCCAGACAAGCCCAAGAAACAUUCUCCCAAAAGGAGACUGCAGCAUGCCCUGGAAGACCAGAUCUAUAGAAUCUUCCGAAAGAGUCGUGUCUUGACUAAUCAGAGUAUCAACUGCCUCUUUACUGUGCCUGCCAAUCAAGCUUUUGUGUACAUAGUUCCCGGAAGCCAGGAGGAGGACCCAGUAGGCAUGUUACUGGACCAACUUAGGAGUCACUGUACUGUGAAGGACCCCGAAUCUUUGCUGGUCCCGGCACCCCUUUCUGGGUCCAGGCGAUACCAGGUGAUGAGACAGCACAGCCGACAACAACUUUCUUUCCACAUUGACACCAGCAGUUCCAGUUCUUCAGGGCAGCUAGUGGAUUUCACUCUUCGAGAAUUUCUAUGGCAGCAUGUGGAGCUAGUCCUAAGCAAGAAAGGUUUUGAUGACAGUGUGGGCAGGAACCCACAGCCUUCCCAUUUUGAACUUCCUACUUAUCAGAAAUGGAUCUCCGCAGCUUCAAAACUGUAUGAAGUAGCUAUUGAUGGGAAAGAGGAGGAUGCGGGAUCUCCCACUGGGGAACUAACAUCUAAGAUUUUAAGCAGUAUUAAAGUCUUGGAAGGGUUUUUGGAUAUUGACACAAAAUUCUCGGAGAACCGGUGUCAAAAAGCUUUACCCAUGGCCCAUAGCGCCUACCAGUCAAAUUUGCCUCAUAAUUACACAAUGACUGUCCACAAGAAUCAGCUUGCCCAGGCUCUUCGAGUAUACAGUCAACAUGCUAGGGGUCCAGCCUUUCACAAAUAUGCCAUGCAGUUGCAUGAGGACUGCUACAAGUUUUGGAGCAAUGGCCAUCAGCUCUGUGAGGAGAGGAGUUUAACUGAUCAACACUGUGUCCAUAAAUUUCACUCAUUACCUAAAUCAGGAGAAAAACCAGAGGCUGAUAGAAAUCCUCCUGUGCUAUAUCACAAUAGCCGAGCUCGGUCCACUGGUGCCUGUAACUGUGGAAGGAAACAAGCACCUCGAGAUGAUCCUUUUGAUAUCAAGGCAGCUAACUAUGACUUUUAUCAGCUUCUGGAAGAAAAAUGUUGUGGAAAAUUGGAUCAUAUCAAUUUCCCAGUAUUUGAACCAAGUACUCCAGAUCCUGCUCCUGCCAAAAACGAAUCGUCUCCUGCCCCUCCAGAUGCAGAUGCCGAUAAACUUAAAGAAAAAGAACCUCAAACCCAAGGAGAGAGCACAAGCCUGAGUUUAGCUUUGAGUUUAGGCCAAUCCACAGAUAGUUUAGGUACCUAUCCAGCUGAUCCACAAGCAGGAGGAGAUAAUCCAGAAGUUCAUGGUCAAGGAGAGGUAAAGACUGAGAAGAGACCAAACUUGGUUGAUCGACAGGCAUCCACAGUUGAAUAUCUCCCAGGCAUGCUACAUUCAAAUUGCCCCAAAGGUCUCCUCCCCAAAUUCUCCAGCUGGUCUUUGGUUAAACUUGGCCCUGCUAAGUCUUACAACUUUCAUACUGGUUUGGACCAACAGGGCUUUAUUCCAGGGACAAACUAUCUUAUGCCUUGGGACAUUGUCAUCAGGACUAGAGCUGAAGAUGAAGGAGACUUAGACACAAAUUCUUGGCCUGCUCCAAAUAAAGCUGUUCCUGGAAAGAGAAGUGCAGUUGUAAUGGGAAGAGGAAGACGGCGAGAUGACAUAGCUAGAGCGUUUGUGGGCUUUGAAUAUGAAGACUCUCGAGGUCGGAGAUUUAUGUGCUCAGGACCUGACAAAAUAAUGAAAGUAAUGGGAAGUGGGCCCAAGGAAUCAGCUUUAAAAGCCCUGAAUAGUGAUAUGCCCUUAUAUAUUCUGUCAUCAUCUCAGGGUAGAGGGCUAAAACCACAUUACGCUCAACUUAUGAGGCUUUUUGUUGUGGUACCCGAUGCUCCUUUGCAGAUAAUACUAAUGCCUCAGGUGCAACCAGGCCCACCACCAUGUCCAGUAUUCUAUCCAGAAAAACAAGAAAUCACUCUCCCACCCGAUGGCCUCUGGGUUUUGAGAUUUCCUUAUGCCUAUGUGACAGAGAGAGGACCUUGUUUCCCUCCAAAGGAAAAUGUGCAGUUAAUGAGUUACAAGGUGCUCCGGGGGGUUCUUAAAGCAGUGACACAAUGAGUGUUUUCCAGCCAGUACAGUCCUAAACUUGAGCUGGUUUUUGUUUGGUGUGUUGGGGGUGUUUUUUGGUAUGUGAUAGUGUGUUUUCUUGAACCCGAAAUGUGAUUUGGUUACAGGAGUUCAGUAUUUGGGCAGUAAUUUUUCCACUGUUUCAUGACAUUGUUGAUAUUUAUUGUACACGGGGGUGCAGCUUCCUAAUAAACAUGAGUUAUUCUAGAAAAGGACAUAAAAUACAUGGUUGAUACUUCUAUGUUCUCUUGUUUUUGAUUCACUGUCCAUAAUAAAACAUAUUUUUAUUAUAACUGAUUGUUGCAUAAUCAUGUUGAUUGAGCCAAAACUUUGUUUUUGCUAAAAUGAUGCUUUAGCUGGGAUUUUCCUUAAGAUGCUGCGCCUGAAAUUAUCUUCAAAACAAAAUGAUCUAGUAAGUUAUUUGGUAAUGGUAUGAGGACUUAAUUGCAAAAAUAUGCCCAAUUGCUUGGGUCACAGUUCUUAUACCAGAGUUAGAUUGUUUUGUUCACACCAUUUUAUUCUUGGACUGAUGAGAUACCAUAUUUGAAAUGAAUGCUAUCUGAACUAAAACUUUUUAAUACAAAAUAUUAAUACACACUUUAUUCUUUAAAAACUGCUAUACUGUGAAACAAUCUUCUAAGUGAUACAAAUUUUAUCAAUUCAUACCAAGUUUAAGUCUCACCAGCAUCAACAUGGUGACACUGAUAUAUCACUAAUAAGACAAGUAUGCAAAAUAAGUUAAUAUAUCAGAGUUCUAGUACUUGAUUAUAUUUUCCUAGACACAUUGAUUUUGAAACACUGGGCAAAUAGAAUUAGAGAGUUUAGUCUCAGUAUAUAUAAAGUACAAUAUUUGUAUAACACAUCUUGCUACCAGCUUAAAGUAGUUAUUUAGGUUUUGUUUUUAAAAUGUAUAAAGAUUCAUAAUUGGCAGCCAACUUAAAACUGUAAUUUAAUUAGGCAUAUUUCUAUGCCAAUUAUACUGUAGUAUUAUUAGGAGAAGGAGAAUCUGAGCCAAUAUUAAAAUUAGUCUACAUUCUUCUUCCAUUCCAUCCUUAUUUUCCAUCCUUUUCCUUUAUAUCUUUCAUUCCUUUUAUAUCAAUUUUUAAAAUCACCAUUACUUUUGUACUUAAGCAUGGUUCUUAGUUCCUGCAUUUGGAAAUAUAGCUGGAUUUUUCUAUAGGACAUGUACUAAUAGUUGUUUUGUUUUUUCAGUAGCCUCUAAGAUUUGAAAAACAGAUUGGAUAAACUGGUAGGUCAAAGGAAAUGUAAGAAAAAACUUUAUGAGAACAAAUAGGUUUCAGAAGAGCAAACCUGUGUCUUUUCCUUUUUGAUGUCAUUCCACAUGGAACAACUUUACAUUCUUGCAUAAAUUAGUAAGUGAUUUUACUUGAUUAUUUUUGGUUACAGAAGCUACCCAAAUUUGAAUUUCUGUAACAUCUUUAAAUACAAAACUUUUAUGCUAUUUGUAUUUAUAACUUGCUUAAAAGAAACUACCUUUCUCUUUAGUCAUAUAACCUUAUUUUGGCAAAUUUCAAGUGAUGAUUUUAUUAAAGAAAUUAUAUUUCUAUAUUUCUUCUGUAGCAGUAUUUGCAUUAUCCUUUGCUUAGCAGACUUCUUUUUCUUUCCUCUUCUUUCUUUUUUUUUUUUUAGAUAUAAGCAGAUGUUUCAAAUUGAUUUUUUUUUAAGAAUCACUAGGAGACAAGGACAUCCUUUGGCCUAUUGGUAAGUCUUUUGAUGUGUCCAUGAAAAGCUGUAUAAAAUUUAACAUUUUUAGAAGAUAAAUUAUGUCUUUUUCAGGGAGGGCUUUCUGUUUAAAGGACUAAUAUAAAUCUUCUUGUAAAUUGCAUUAAUUCUAAUUGUUUAAAAAAUGGCUUCACAUGUUGGUUUACUUAAGGUUUCCCUGUACUACUUAUACAGUGAAUCUAUUUCUUACUUUAAAAAAUAAAAUUAAAUGAAAAAUUUAAAAAGAUUUUGAGGUAACAGGGAGAAAAUUAGAAAAAAUGAAACUAGAGAAGCCUGAUUCAUAAAAAAUAACAAUAGCUACUCUAUUGAAUGGCUAUAUCCAAUAAUAAUAGCUACUUCAUGAAUAUCCACUUGGUAGGUACUUUAGUAAGUAUUUUGCAUACAUUUCCUAUGAUCCUCAAAACACUGCAAGAUAGAUAUCAUCCAUAUUAUCAGGAAAUUAAAACUUGAAGUGGUUAAAUAAUUUAUCCAAGGUCACAUAGCUAGGAAGUAGGAAGUCAGAAUUUAAAUUGAGGACUCUGAUUUCAAAGCUAUUCUCUUCCUGUGUUCUGCCUUCUUAGAAAAUAUAAGAAUGAAAAUAGCAUGUCAGUUUCUCCAACUGAAUAUUUUGACUCUGGUCUUAAGACUUGCGAAUGGAUGAGUUUUUAAUGUCAGAAAAAUGAGGUGUGAUUACCCAUUUCAUCUUAAUUUCUUUGAUGACUGUGAAUCUUAAUUCUCUCUAAAACUGUAUUGAAUCUUAUAUUCUUACACUCUUUUCUUGUUCCGUAUGUUCCCUUGUAUAGAAUACUACUAUAGUAAGUUGAAGCCAAAAAGAAUUGACUCCACCUCUUAAGAAACCUGACAAUUUACUUAAUCCUUGAGUGUCUUUUCCCCUAAAAUUAUAAUUAUUACUAUUUACCACAAAGAGUGGUUGUGAGGAUUGGAGUAUACAUAAAGCCUGUUACAGAGGGGCACUAGAUAAAUUCUUAAUAAUAAUUAUAAUUUAUUUUAAAUUUACUUUUUAAAGAGAUCCCAUCAUUCUAAUAGUUUGGGAGUCUUGGUUAGUUUUAGUCCUACCUUUUAUAAUGAGGUAAACAGUGCCUAGUACAUGUACCUGUGGUAAGCACCACAACAUAAUAGCAGUUUUAUAGACUUGGUUUGUAACCCUCCUCUUGUAUCUUUCUGUGGUCUUUUAAAAUUGGGUUUAGUUUUUAUUAGUCGGUUUAUGCUUUAUAUAAAGCAGCCACUCAAAUCCCUUGGCCAUUUAAUUGCCCUUUUUCUGUCUCCCACAACUUUGUGUGUGUCCUAAGAUGUGGCAAAUAGAACUGCACUCAACUUUUGGAACACUGCAUAGUUUUGCACAAAAGCCAGCUAAUCAUUUGUUUAAUUUUUAAUACACUUCGUAAUGUUUAUCGGUCUGAGUUGGCACAGCAGCUCACUGGGUUCAUGUCUUGAGGAGAUAAUGUACUGCAUCUCUUAAUACUGGAUCCCAUCUAAAGCUUCAGCAAAUUAAUUUGUAAAAUGGAGGUAAUAACUCCCUUAUGUACCUCAAAGGAUAACUGUGAUUCAAACACUUAAAGAGUAUGUUAAUUGAAAUCCUUUACAAACUCUAAACUGUUUUAUAAAUAUAAGGGACAGUUAUUAUCCCAUGUUUGUAACUGAUGGCUCGGAUCCAGUCAUCUUCUAAAUACAGUUUAGUUAUUUUUCCAAAAUCUUUCCGUACUGAAAAUAAUCCUGUCCGUAGCUAUAGCUAUUAAAUUAUAUGUAAUAUAUUAUAUUAUAUAUAUAAUUAUAGCUAUAGCUCUAUUUGACUAAAUAUAAGAAAAAUUUCUAAAGUUUAAAUUAUAUCCUGUGGUUCUUCUUCGUUCCAAACACUCUUAGAGGACUGUAUUACCAUAGUUGCUUAUCACUUCCUUUCUCCUACUAAGUUACAUGUACUUGAGUAUUGAGUGACAUUAUUCCUUUAUUUUAUCCUGCUAUUUUCUCAAUAUAAAAGCUAGACUAUCUAGUUUAUAAUCCCAUUUAAAACAGUUUUUGGGUUUGACUACCUUUGUUGUUCUUGUAAAACUAAUAUGUAGUCAUUGUAUCUGUUAUUUAAUAAUUUUUUAAGCAAAGAUAAGAAUAAGUUACCUGGAAAAAAAAAAAAAAAAAGAA